AUGGGUAUAACGUUUAAUACUGGAUUUCCUAUAGGUUUUGCAUUGAUGUCGAGGAAAACAGAAAGGGCAUACACGGCGCUUUUCAAUAAGAUUUUAACCAUAGUACCAGAGUGGCAACCUCAAACCAUAAUAGUUGAUUUUGAAAGGGCAGCUAUUGCUGCUAUAAGAACAAUGUUUCCAAAUACCACUAUUAGAGGCUGUUGGUUUCAUUCCUCCCAAGCGGUAUGGAGAAAAGUUGCAAACAUAGGAUUGAUUGAAAUAUGUAGUAACCAUCGAGGAGCCUAUGACACUGUGCAUAUGUUGAUGGCAUUGCCUUUGCUGCCAACAAAUUGUAUAGCUGAAGGUUUUGAAAUUGUAAGGGCAUACUAUAUUGAGAAUGUGCAAUCAUUGAUUAGCAAUAAUAAUGAUUACAAUUUUACAUUAUUAUUUGAAUAUUAUAGAUCAACAUGGCUUGCAGGAAUAAAUGCAGAUAUAUUGUCGGUGAGUGACACCGUAUGGCGAACCAACAAUGUGUUGGAAGUAAGUCACAGACAUCUCCAGAUGCACAUGCAAAAUCGGCACAAUCCUGAGCCAUGGGUGUAUUUGAGUAAUUAUAUUUUUAUUUAUUUAACACUAGAAAAGGAGUAUAUCAGUAUUUUAUAUUUACAGAGGGGCUCGAAUGGUGUUUUGAACGAUUAUAAUGAGGCUACUGAUGGUGGACAAGUAAGAGAACCUCAACGGCAAGUUUGGAUAGAUCAACAAAGGAAUUUAGAUAGAUCAUUGAAGCUGUUUAUAGAAGGACGCUACUCAAUGUCAGAAUUUUUAAUAUGUGAUAGGCAUUCUACACCAACUUUUGGUGUAAUACGGCCUCAACACCAAGCUAUUAUAAUACUUCCUGCUGCUGUCUUUCCACAAGCUCCACUAGAUUUAUUACCACUCCCCGUUGAUCAGAAUCGGGAACUGCAAAUUCCAGCUAUUCCUAUGCUCCCUGCUACUGCUUUACCACAGGCACUACUACAAGAAGCACCAGGUGUAUUACCACUGCACGUUGAUCAGAAUCAGGAACUGAUUCGCGAUGAAAUAAUGAGAAGGAUUUUACCACAUAGACCAGCAGUGCCCGUUCCUCGAGAUCUUUUUUAUAAUCUCGAUGCUGAUGCAGUUUAUUCAGAUGAAGAUGUGUCUAACGAACAGUCUGUGAUACCAUCAGUUAUUUACAUUGAACGUGUAGAUUUGACAAUUGUACCAAUAGUAGAGGAAACAUGUUACAUAUGUUUGUACAGUCCACCAACCGUAGUAGCGUAUCCAUGCUUACACCAAGGCCUAUGUGGAGCUUGUCAUGAUAGCUAUUCAAGAAUGCCUCCGAAUGAGCACAGGCCAUAUUACCGCUGUCCACUUUGUAGAGCUGGAAUAGAAAUCUACCAUAGUACUAUGUAUUAA